AUGGAGAUGCCACCUGACAGUCCUACAGGAGAGAAGAACACCUCUCGACCGCAACAACAAUGGAAAACGAACUCCCAGGAGAAUAAUGAUUCAAGAACUCAGAUUAGGCAGGAGCUCAAAGACCCUCCUACUGAGAUUCUUGAACUGGACGGAAGCCUAGGUUCAGCCUGUCAAAUUCUAGAGAAUCCUCAGGAGAUUGAAAAACUGGCCGCUGGGCUGGAAAGAGACUCUGUUAAGUCUCAUGAAUCACCCAGUGAGCUGCCAGAGCCCCAUCAAGCCUCCGAUCUCUGGUAUUGUCCUGAUGGGAGCUUUAUCAAGAAGAUAGUAACUUGUGGCCAAGGCUUGGAUAAACCUAAACUGGGCUCCCGCUGCAGGGUACAGGUUUCAGGGUUUCCUUUUGGAUCAGGACUGCCAGAGGGCUGGACUGACCUAACUUUAGGGGUAGGUCCAUGGAGGGUGGGAACUUGGGGAGAGCUCUUAGAAAAAUGUUUGGAAUCGAUGUGUCAAGACGAGGAGGCAGAGCUUCAGCUCCCUGGGAACUCUGGACCUCCUAUCAGGCUCACACUGGCUUCCUUCACUCCUGGCCGGGACUCCUGGGAGCUGGAGGCCAGCGAGAAGGAGGCCUUGGCCAGGGAGGAACGUGCUAGGGGUACAGAAUUAUUUCAGGCUGGCAACCCUGAAGGGGCUGCCCGAUGCUAUGGGCAGGCCCUCCGACUGUUGCUGACCUUACCCCCACCUGGCCCUCCAGAACGAACUACUCUCCAUGCCAAUCUGGCUGCAUGUCAGCUGCUUCUAGGGCAACCCCAGUUGGCAGCCCAGAGCUGUGACAGGGUGCUGGAACGAGAGCCUUGCCAUUUGAAGGCCUUGUACCGAAGGGGAGUUGCCCAUGCUGCCCUUGGGAACCUGGAAAAAGCAACUGAUGACCUCAAGAAGGUGCUGGCCAUAGACCCAAAGAACCGGGCAGCUCAAGAGGAACUGCGGAAGGUGGUCAUUCAGGGGAAGAAACAGGAUGCUGGGCUGGCUCAGAGCUUACGAAAGAUGUUUGGCUGA